AUGGCGCGGCUGGCGCAGCGGACCCUGAAGGACCUCGCGGCGCAGGGCCCCGCCAAGGGCCCCGGCGCCGCCCCGGCCGACGGCGCCGCCGCCCGCGCCGCCGCGGCCGCGGCAGGGCAGCGGCGCACGGCAGCUGCCACCGACGGGGCGGAAGACGCAGGGGCGGCGGGCGAGCCGGAGGCCCCGGCGGCGGCCCAGGCGGAGGCAGAGGUGCAGGCGGCUGAGGAGGAGCCCUUCCUACUGGACAACAUUUUUAAAUAUACAGAGGAAGCCAAGCCGAAGCUGUACUGGCUGCCGGUCGGCGAGGAGGUGGUGGCGCGGCGGCGGCAGCAGAGGCACGAGCGCGAGGUGGCGGCGGCGGCGCGCGUAGCUGGGGCGGGUGGCAGCAAUGGCGGCGGCGCCGGUGGCGGCAAAGUGUCGGAGCCUGGGGGCGAGAUGGUGCAGGAGGGGCUGAUCAAGGGGCACACAAACCGCACGCGCUGA